AUGUCAAUAGUAAAUUCCGAAUCGAUAACAACACUAACACGAACACCGAUUGUAAUCAUAAAGCCUAUUCUUUAUGGUAAUACAGCGAAACAUUUUGGUUCAAAACGAGAUUCUGAUGGACAUACACAUAAAUGGACACUCUAUGUUCGAUCAUUUAAUAAUGAUGAUCUAUCAACGUAUGUAAGUAAAGUACAAUUUCGUUUACAUGAAACAUAUCCAAAUCAUACAAGAGUGAUUACACAAGCACCAUUUGAAGUAGAAGAAAGUGGUUGGGGUGAAUUUGAAACACAGAUAACGAUCUUUUUUGCUGAUCCUAAUGAAAAACCAGUAGCAUUUUAUCAUCAUUUAAAACUAUUUUCAACAGAUCCAGAUGUUGUUGCUGGUACAAAAGCAUUAGUCAAUGAACAUUAUGAUGAAUUGAUUUUUCAAGAACCAUCUGAUUUAUUAGCUCGUCUGCUCAAUUGUGCUAAAUCACUUGCACCACCGACAGAUGAAAAUUUAGCAACUGAAAAGGAAUAUGCUGCAAAAAAGCUUGACACAAUAACACAUAUAAAGGAUGCUCGACAAAGAGUACGAAAUGAAAUUCAAGAUUUAACCGAACGUCUUCGUAUUACUCAAGAAAAUAUAAAACGUGUUCGACAAAGAUCAAUAGAUACUAAUUCUUCUAUUGGUGUAUUUAGUAUGUUAACACAUGAUAAUGUCAAACGCGAAAUGGUCGAUUAA